CCUACGCAGUUGACAGAUUGUAGGGGGGCGGGACAAGGAGCCGCUAGGCAGCACAGGAAGAAAAUGGCGGCCGUGGCUGCAGAGCCAGGAGCUGCAAGAAGAGAAGAAGAAGAAGAACCGGGAACGGAACUACCGAGAGAACCGGGACCGGAACUAACGGGACUAACGGGAGAACCGGGAUUGACCCCGCUGCAGAGUGCCAGGCCGCGGCCGGAGCUCUGGAUGGAGGAUGGGGGGGGGCAGCGUGUCGGGCCGGAGCUGCAGGCGGGAAGCGUCGAUGAGCCAGGAGAGAGAACAUGCUCAGACCGGACCGGGGGGGGCCGGUUCUCUCCCUUGGUACCGGGGGACCCUGAGGGGGGGAGGGACGUGUCUGCGGUGUCCCGCAGCACCGAACCCCGGGCCGUCUUCCUGCUCUCCUUCCCGGCCCCCCCUCCCGUUACGGAGGCCGGUCUGUCUCUAACGGAACCGGCAGAACCGACAACAAACGAGACCACGGACCGAGCCGAGCCCGCUGGCUGGGACCGGGACCAUGAACGGGACUACACUCUUACACCCGCAGAGGUUCGGCUGUCGGACCCGGAGGAGCGUGACUCCCCCCCGACUGGCCGGAUGUCGCUGGACUCCGUGAAGCAGGAACCCCCCUCCGUUGAUCUGAGUCCCGAUGAUCUGAGUCCUGGUUCCGAAGUCCGGGUCUCCCUGGAUCAUGUGAUUAAUGACGCACUGGUGGUGUCCUUCCAGCGGGGGCAGCAGUUGUUCAGUGGGGUCCUGAUGGACGUGUCCCGCAGGUUCGGACCGUACGGGAUCCCUAUAACUGUGCUCCCCCGGAGAGACGACCGGAGUGGCCCUCUGAUGAUGUCAUUGCCUGACGUGGAAGUGUCCACCAAACAGGAAGAGAUUUCACCCCCUGCCCCCCCCAGCUCCAAACUGCCACCGCUGUUCCAGGAGGGGGCUCCGUACCCCCCCCCUCUGUUCCUCAGGGACACCUACAACCAGGCUUUACCUCAGCCGCUGCCGCGUAAGAUCCGCCGUCCGAAGAGACGCUACCGCUGCGAGGAGCCCACCUCCAUUAUGAACGCCAUCAAGCUCCGCCCUCGCCAGGUGCUCUGCGACAAGUGCAAAGGUGUUGUUGGGGGGGGCAGGGAGGAAUCCCGGAGGGGCCCCGUAGAACUGAAGGAUGAGGCGUCACGGCGGCGGAGAGCUGCUGAAGGACAGGUUUCUUCUGAGGUCAAACGUCUGAGAGGGGACGACAGGCGCCCCCCUAACGACAGACGCCCCCCAUCAGGGAUCCACGUAUCGUCUUCAGCUUCUUCCUCCUCCUCUCGGGUCCUGAGGGGCGGAGUGUCUUCCUCUGGCCGCCUGUGUCUGAACUCUAAGAAAGCCCCCCCCCCCAGAGGCCCGGCUGCUGACGUCUCCAAAGCCCAGCAGGCCCUGAAGAAGCUGAGUGGGGCAGUGGGGGGUCCAGUAGGGCCUGCACAGCGCCGACCCAGAGACCAGGACCUGGAUCAGGACCAGACCCGCAGUAAGGCAGUGACCCGGGCCUCCUCCCUGCAGAACCAGAGGGUCCACUUCACCCGCCGGCUGCAGAGCGCCGCCCCCCCCACACUGCCUCCUAGGAUGCGGCUCAAACCUCAAAGGUAUCGAACAGAUGACCAGGUUUCCCCCCCCUCACCCCCCAAGCUGAGCUCACGCUCACCGCCCACCAAGCCCAUUAUAAGCCCAACGCCUCCCCCUCCCUCCAGCACAGCUCCUACCCUGGAGCCCCCCCUCUGUGCUGCGUUAGAGACACAGGAGGCCCUGUGUCCCCCAAUGGAGGAGGGGCCCUGCUCAUCCCCCCCAUCAGAAUGCAGCUCCACAGAUACCUUUGACCUCCUCCCCCCUGGACACCCGCCCACCUUGUUAGAGCCACUUUGCCCCGCCUCUUCCUCCCCCAGGGCCAAUGAGACACCGGUUGAUGGUGGGGAUGGGGGUGAUCUGAAGAGGAGUAAGUCCUCCUCGUUUUCCCCCCCUCCUCCCACGUUGGAGGGUGAGGAGGAGGGGGGGGAUCUGAAGAGGAGGAGUAAGUCCUCCAUGUCGCCCCCCCCUCCUCCCCCGGUGGAGGGUGAGGAAGCGGAGGGUGAGAUGAAGAGGAGGCAUAAUUCGUCCUGCUCCCCCACUGCCCCUCCCCCGGUGGAGGGUGAGGAAGAGGAGGGUGAGAUGAAGAGGAGGCAUAAGUCGUCCUGCUCCCCCCCUGCCCCUGCCCCUCCCUCGGUGGAGGGUGAGGAAGAGGAGGGUGAGAUGAAGAGGAGGCAUAAGUCGUCCUGCUCCCCCCUUGCCCCUCCCCCGGUGGAGGGUGAGGAAGAGGAAGGUGAGAUGAAGAGGAGGCGUAAGUCCUCCACCUCGUCCUCGUCCUCCUCCUCGUCCUCCUCCCCCCCCGUGUUCUCUAAGCCCGUCUCGAAGGUGCUGCUCCCCGACGGGCGUUCCCUGGGUCUGGGGGACAUCGUGUGGGCGAAGAUCUCGGGGUUCCCCUGGUGGCCAGCGAGGGUUCUGAGCAUCACGGUGUCCAGGCGCAGCGACACGGGUCUAGCUGUCCGUCAGGAAGCCAGGGUCUCGUGGUUUGGCUCCCCCACCACCUCCUUCCUCCCCCUCACCCAGCUCUCCCCCUUCCUGGAGAGCUUCCAGUGCCGCUUCGACAGGAAGAGGAAGGGUCCGUACCGCCGGGCCAUCGCCGAGGCUGCCAGCGCCGCCAAGCAGCUAACGCCGGAAGUGCGGGCGCUGCUCACUCAGUUUGAGACGUAGCAUACUACCCUCCCACACUAAACACAACUACCCCAACAACAGGGUGUAGGAGGAACCCCUUCCCCCUCAUGUACCCAUCUGUCACACUGCUUCCUGAGGGCAGUAUGCGGGGCUUCUUGUGUGGACGGGGCCUCCGUCUCAGGUGUCAGUCAGUGGCAGCGUUUAAAGAGAGGCAAUGUCCAGGUGCAUCAUGGAAAACAAGGUCUGGUGUGCCAUGUGUUUAUUAUGAAUCCUGGAGGGGCAGCUGAUUGGCUGGCAGCAUGAUGAUGUCACACAUUUACAUAUGUAAUGAUAACACUAAUUAAGAUGGAGCGCUAAGCUAACAGAACGGGGGGGGGGGGGGGUUUGUAAACAUUUCGAGAGUAAUGUGGACCGUUAAAGGGGGGGUUAUUCUCAAAAUGAGUCUUUACCUUAUUGCUGCAUUCUGAUUGGAUGCUGCAAGGUGUGAAACGCUGUCACUUCUGUUUCUCGUCCUGAAAGUCAAACUGUGAAACGUGUUGUCCGAGCAGAAGCUGGUGGACCUUCAGGGUCCGGACAGGUAGGCCUUACUGAGUGUUAGAGGCUGAUGAAGACGAGGAGGACGAAGGUUUCCUGUCUGUUUGCAGAUUAGAGACACUGUGGGACAGACGGAGACGUUGGACUUUAUUAAAGUCGCUGUAUGUUUUUCUCAUGUUUUAAAUCUAUUAAAAACUGUCAAAUCAACCCUUCUUCUGUGGUGCUUUCACUGUCGGACAGGUUUCUCACCUGCAAACAGAUGAUGGUAGACGCUCCUGAACAUGAGCGCCUGAUAGACUAGGGUCUGAGCGGUCCCGGUCUAUAUCUUCCACGCUUCAGAGCAGUAAAACUUGAAGGAAAUACAGAUAUUUAUAAUAUGGUAUUUAUUUAUUGGCUGUCUCUCUCUCUGCAGCGCGACGCUGACGAGCUGCUGACAAUCCUGCGCUGUGAUUGGCUGAGAGGCGGGGGUCACGUGGACAUCCACUUUUGAUAACAAUAAUAUAUUUAAGAGUUAUAUUUAUAAAGAGCUUUAUCAGUGAGGUUUCCAUGGAGACCAACAUGUUUGAAUGUCCAAUCAGCAUUCAGAUCAUUAGUGAGAGUCCUGUCCGCCCUGCAGGGGGCAACAACGAGUCACUACCAGAACCCGAACGCACCACAGCUUCACAACCCACUGUUAGCUUAGCACAAGAACUGGCAUCAGACAGAAACUGUUAGCAUAGCUUAGCACAAAGACUGGCACCAGAGAGAAACUGUUAAUAUAUCUUAGCACAAAGACUGGCAUCAGACAGAAACUGUUAGCAUAGCUUAGCACAAGGACUGGCAUCAGAGAGAAACUGUUAAUAUAUCUUAGCACAAAGACUGGCAUCAGACAGAAACUGUUAGCAUAGCUUAGCACAAAGACUGGCAUCAGAGAGAAACUGUUAGCAUAGCUUAGCACAAAGACUGGCAUCAGAGAGAAACUGUUAGCAUAGCUUAGCACAAAGACUGGCAUCAGAGAGAAACUGUUAGCAUAGCUUAGCACAAAGACUGGCAUCAGAGAGAAACUGUUAGCAUAGCUUAGCACAAAGACUGGCAUCAGAGAGAAACUGUUAGCAUAGCUUAGCACAAAGACUGGCAUCAGAGAGAAACUGUUAGCAUAGCUUAGCACAAAGACUGGCAUCAGACAGAAACUGUUAGCAUAGCUUAGCACAAGGACUGGCAUCAGAGAGAAACUGUUAGCAUAGCUUAGCACAAAGACUGGCAUCAGACAGAAACUGUUAGCAUAGCUUAGCACAAAGACUGGCAUCAGACAGAAACUGUUAGCAUAGCUUAGCACAAAGACUGGCAUCAGACAGAAACUGUUAGCAUAGCUUAGCACAAAGGACUGGCAUCAGACAGAAACUGUUAGCAUAGCUUAGCACAAAGACUGGCAUCAGACAGAAACUGUUAGCAUAGCUUAGCACAAGGACUGGCAUCAGAGAGAAACUGUUAGCAUAGCUUAGCACAAAGACUGGCAUCAGAGGGAAACUGUUAGCAUAGCUUAGCACAAAGACUGGCAUCAGAGGGAAACUGUUAGCAUAGCUUAGCACAAAGACUGGCAUCAGACAGAAACUGUUAGCAUAGCUUAGCACAAAGACUGGCAUCAGAGGGAAACUGUUAGCAUAGCUUAGCACAAAGACUGGCAUCAGAGGAAACUGUUAGCAUAGCUUAGCACAAAGACUGGCAUCAGACAGAAACUGUUAGCAUAGCUUAGCACAAAGACUGGCAUCAGAGGGAAACCGUGGGUACUUGUUGUAAAGGUUCAUUAAAGUGAUUAGACUGAUUUCAAUUUAAAACUGUAAUGGUUUUAUUUAAUCUUACCUCCACCAGAUGUAAGUAAAUAAAAUAAAUGAUCAACUGUGAACCGUGACUCGGCUCCUGCAGGUUUUUAUAGGUUUACGAAAUGAUUUAAAGGCUUUAUUUCUGUGAUCUGAACAUUAUGCAACUGUGACGAAAGAUAUGAGAAUGAUUAUAAUUAUUACUGUAAAGUGUACACACUGCAGAGGAUACAAAAAUAAACAGCAUGUGAUAAAAUUGA